AUGCCGGCUGCUGCAGCAAGCAGAGUAGACACAGCAGCAGCAGAUGCUGCUGCUGCUGCAGCAGCAGCUGCUGCUGCAACACAGCCCGUGCCUACGCCGCAGCAGCAGCAAGUGGUGCAGCAGCAACUGCUGCAGCAGCAGACGGAAGGCGACGGAAGACCAGAAGAAGCAGCAGCAGCAGCAGCAGCAACUGCUGCUGCUGCUGGUGGCUGGACAGAGGACCUACAGCAGCAGCUGCUGCUGCUGCAGCAGCAAGAGCAGCAGCUGCUGCAGCAGGAGGAGUUCCUGCGGCUGCAGCUGCAGCAAAAGAAGUCAUCCAGGUCGCAGCAGAAGGAUGUUGCUGCUGCUGCAGAGACAGCAGAGACACAGCAGCAGCAACCGCAGCAGCAACAGCAGCAACAGCAGCAGCAGCAGCAGCAGCAGCAACGCGAAGCCUUUCUGCUGCUGCAGCAGCAGGAGUGGCGCGGGGUUGAGCUGCUGCAGGAGGAACAGCCACAGGGGAGACAGCAGCAAAUCGAAUUCAUACUCAACGCGCAGCGCUGUCUCUAG